CGAACGCAGUAUCAGUCACAGCUAGCGACGUCAGCUAACCUCAACUGAUUGUUUACACGUCAUAUAUUUUUCAGACGAAAGCAGAGGAAGAUAUGUUAACAAAAUUUGAAACAAAAUCAGCUCGAGUUAAGGGCUUAUCUUUUCACCCAAAGAGACCUUGGAUACUCUCGAGCUUACACAAUGGUUCCAUUCAACUUUGGGAUUACCGUAUGUGUACAUUAUUGGAAAAGUUUGAUGAACAUGAGGGACCUGUAAGAGGUAUUUGUUUUCAUAAUCAACAACCUCUCUUCGUAUCAGGUGGUGAUGAUUACAAAAUAAAGGUAUGGAAUUACAAACAGAAACGUUGCAUUUUCACAUUGCUUGGUCACUUAGACUACAUUCGUACAACAAUGUUUCAUCAUGAAUAUCCUUGGAUUGUCUCUGCUUCUGAUGAUCAAACUAUUCGUAUAUGGAACUGGCAGAGCCGCACAUGCAUUUGUGUUUUGACAGGACAUAAUCAUUAUGUCAUGUGUGCACAAUUCCAUCCAUCAGAAGAUCUACUUGUAUCUGCUUCUUUGGAUUCCACAGUUAGAAUUUGGGAUAUUUCUGGAUUAAGAAAGAAAAAUGUAGCUCCUGGCCCAGGAGGUCUAGAAGAGCAUUUAAAGAAUCCAGGAAGUACUGAUCUUUUUGGACAAGCUGAUGCUGUUGUUAAGCAUGUUUUGGAAGGGCAUGAUAGAGGAGUAAACUGGGCUGCUUUUCAUCCCACUUUACCUCUUAUAGUUUCAGGAGCCGACGAUCGGCAAAUUAAGUUAUGGAGAAUGAAUGACUCAAAGGCUUGGGAAUUAGAUACUUGUAGAGGUCAUUAUAAUAAUGUUUCCUGCGUACUUUUCCACCCAAGGCAAGAACUAUUAUUAUCAAAUAGUGAGGACAAAAGCAUAAGAAUCUGGGAUAUGACAAAAAGAACCUGUCUUCAUACAACUAGGAGAGAACAUGAAAGAUUUUGGGUGCUAACUUCGCAUCCCAACCUGAAUCUCUUUGCUGCAGGACACGAUUCAGGAAUGAUUAUAUUCAAGCUUGAACGUGAACGACCUGCAUACACAGUUCAUGGUAAUUUGCUCUAUUAUGUGAAAGAACGUUUCCUUCGAAAACUGGACUUCACCACUCUCAAGGAUGUCUCUGUCAUUCAAAUACGAGGUGGAGGUAAAACACCAGUAUUUCGAAUGUCCUUCAAUCCAGCGGAAAACGCUGUUCUGCUAUCAACCCGCACUAGCAACUUGGAAAGUAGCACUUAUGAUCUCUACAUGAUACCCAAAGAACAAGAAAGAGAUGACCAGAUUCCUGAAGCUGAAAGUAAAAGAACUUCUGGACUGACUGCUUUGUGGGUGGCAAGAAAUAGAUUUGCGGUAUUGGAAAGAUCCCAUCAAUUGGUCAUCAAGAAUUUGAAAAAUGAGGUAACCAAGAAAGUGCAGACACCUCCAUGUGACGAAGUAUUUUAUGCUGGUACUGGAAUGUUGUUGUUGCGUGAUUUUGAACAUAUUACCUUGUUUGAUGUUCAACAAAAGAGAACUCUUGCACAGGUUAAAAUCAACAAAUGCCGUUAUGUAGUUUGGUCUUCAGACAUGAGUUAUGUAGCUUUAUUAGCAAAGCAUAAUGUUACCAUCUGUAGUCGUAAAUUAGAUGUUCUUUGUUCUUUACAUGAGAACACAAGGGUAAAAUCUGGUGCUUGGGAUGAUUCUGGAGUAUUUAUUUAUACUACAAGUAACCAUAUCAAGUAUACUUUGCUUAAUGGAGAUCAUGGAAUAAUCCGUACACUAGAUCUUCCUAUCUACAUAACCCGUGUUAAAGGGGUUCAUGUCUUUUGCUUGGAUAGAGAAUGCAGUUCUAGAGUGUUAUCAAUAGAUCCAACAGAAUACAAGUUCAAACUUGCCUUGAUUCAUCAUAAAUAUGAUGAGGUUUUGUACAUGGUUAGAAAUGCAAAAUUAGUAGGUCAAGCUAUUAUAAGCUACCUUCAACAGAAAGGCUAUCCAGAGGUAGCUCUGCACUUUGUAAAGGAUGACAAAACAAGAUUCACACUUGCUCUAGAAUGUGGUAACAUUGAAAUUGCAUUAGAAGCUGCAAAAGCAUUGAACGAUAAGACAUGCUGGGAACAGUUGGCUCAGGCAGCACUUUGGCAUGGUAACCAUCAAGUUGUAGAAAUGUGCUACCAGAGAACCAAGAGUUUUGAGAAGUUAUCUUUCCUGUAUCUCAUAACUGGAAAUUUGGAUAAAUUGAAAAAGAUGACUAAAAUUGCCGACAUAAGAAAAGCAAGAUCUGCUCAGUACCAUGGUGCAUUGCUUUUGGGUGAUCUAGAAGAACGCAUUAAGGUUCUCAAAAGCGCAAAUCAGAAUUCACUGGCUUAUCUAACUGCUGCUACACACGGUAUGAAAGAAGAAGCUGAAAUUCUGAAAGAAGCUGUUGGUGAAGGCAAAAGGCUACCGGAUGUUAGUCCCAAUGCAAAAUUCCUCAAUCCCCCACCACCAGUUCAACAAGCAGAAUCGAAUUGGCCACUUCUAACAGUUAGCAGGAGUUUCUUCGAAAGCACCAUUUUAGUCAACAAGGCCACUGCUGCUAUGAAGAACUUGAUGGCUGAUAACACACAAAGUGUCGAAGAGGUUGAGGUAGACGUAGGGGCAUGGGGCGAUGAUGAUGAUGAUGCUGAUGCUGACAUGGAGGACAAAAAAGACGCGUCACCUGAUGGAGAAACAGGCUGGGAUGUUGAAGAUGCAGAUUUAGAAAUACCAGAUCUGGGACGUUCAGCCGUACCAGAUUCGGUAGAUAAUUAUGUUCAUCUACCAACAGCUGGACCCUCUUUGCCAUCAAAUUGGGUGAAGAACUCUGCACUUGUAGCAGAUCAUGUUAUGGCUGGUUCUUUCGACUCUGCUUGUUUAUUAUUGAAUAAAUAUGUUGGUGUUGUGAAUUUUACACCAUACCUAUCAUUGUUUAUGAGUUCUUAUGGCGCUUCGAGAACAAUUACUACAUGGCAGACGAAUGCACCAUCUUUAUAUUCUUAUCCUUUGAGGAAUUACAAAGAGAACAAUCCAAAGACAGCUUUACCAUCCAAUGGCAUACAAUUGAAUGAGUUGGUUCAAAGAUUACAGUCUUGUUACCAAUUGACAACUAGUGGAAAGUUCACAGAAGCUCUUGAAAAAUUCCAGAACCUUGUGUUAUGUGUGACACUGCUUGUGGUAGAAACAAAACAGGAAGUUUCUGAAGCACAACAAUUACUGAAGAUCUGUAGUGAAUACAUAUGCGGUUUACAAAUGGAAACACUUCGUAAAACCCUUCCAAAAUCUACAUUAGAAGAACAGAAACGUCAAUGUGAAAUGGCUGCUUAUUUCACUCACUGCAAUUUGCAACCUGUUCAUCAAAUUCUUACACUUCGUACUGCUUUGAAUAUGUUCUUUAAACUUAAAAAUUAUAAAACUGCAGCAUCUUUUGCCAAAAGACUUCUGGAAUUGGGCCCCAGACCUGAUGUAGCUCAGCAGGCUAGGAAAAUACUCCAAGCUUGUGAUAACAAUCCAACUGAUGAAUUACAGUUGAAUUAUGAUGAGCACAAUCCUUUCUCGUUGUGUGGAUUCUCCUAUACUCCAAUAUAUAGGGGAAAAUCAGAGGAGAAAUGCCCCUUGUGUGGAUCGUCGUAUUUGCCGAAGUAUAAAGGUUGUGUAUGCAAUGUAUGCCAAGUUGCUGAAAUUGGCAAAGAUACACCAGGUUUGAAAAUUAGUAUGCAUCAAUUCCGAUAGAAAAUUGAUAUUUGAAGUAUUUGUUUCUUUUAUUACAUAAUUUUCAGAGAUAUAUAUUCCAUAUGUUCAUUCGUUGAAUAAAUUUCAUGUUAGCUGUACUGAAUUAACUUUAAUUUAAAAUAAUAUAGUAUAGCUUGUAUAGAAA